AUGCAUCAUUCGCGGCUUCUACGUCGACUGCUACGCAAAGGCCGCUGCCAGUUCUGGCGCCGCAAUCAGAAGGCCGCUAUUCUCCAGCUUCCGCUAGACAUUCUCGUUCUUAUUACUGACAACCUGGCCCUGCACGAUAAAUUCCUCCUCUCACAUACCUGCAAAGCGCUUCGGCAAGUCCUACUCCAAGAAUGGGAUAUUGAGCUCCCACAGCUCUCCUUUGAACAUCAGAUUGGGUUUUGGGUAGGGCUGGCUUACACUUUACCAAGUCGCUGGGUCUGCCUGAAAUGCUGCAAACUACAUCCUAUUGACACCUCAGAUGUGCCAGCGGCCUUCAUGCUUAUCAAGUACGGGGCUGUCAGGACUGUCCCUUGCAGCCUUGAAAGCUCCCGAGGAAUUGAAGUCGAGCAGUAUUCUGUCCAGCACUACCAUAUACAGCUUGCACUUAAGCUCUCGCGCCUGGGCAAUGUAUAUCAGCAAUACCUUGCGGCGCUGAUGCAAACUUUUACGCAUACGCGUACGAAGUAUUCACUCACGCCGCCACUUACAGAGUUCUAUGCCGCAGAGCCCAGGAUUAUCAAUAGACGGUUCAUCCUACGUGAAGAAUGGAAAAUCAGCAAUAAUACGAAUACCGCUUUGCCACUCUUCCCAGACCAAUUAGGUUGCAGUAUCCCAGUCUGCCCGCACAUGCGUAUAACGAUGGGCGGACUUGUGGGAUCUCGCAACUGGAAAGAAUCGUCUAUCAAUGUCAUAGUACAUUGGUGUAAUAUCAUGAGUCCGCACGAAGGGUCCAUCCUGCUCAAAGAAGUUACCUUACUCGAGGAUAGCAUUGAAUUAGCUUACGAAUCACCAGGCCAGUGGAUAUUCAACUCUUGUCUGCACUGCUCUACAGAUCUCGCGGUCAUGAUUUCUACAGAUGAGCGAAAGGCGACAAUCCGGGCUUGGCACGACUUUGGGAUAGAAGGGUCACCACUGGAUGCUAGUUGGAAGGCUCAUGUGAGAGAUGAAAACAGGGCAAAUUGGCUUUACGUAGGUCCCUAUGUGGAUUAUACUCAUGGUAGUAUCCGGGAGUUAUGGUCAGAGCAUGUCUCUCAUGGGACCGGGACUAGUCAUGCAAAACUGCGAAGCAUCUUCACGAAGCUGAUAGAUGGCUGGAGUGAAGUAUAG